UUUGUAGACGGUCCCUGCGCACUCGUCUCACAGCCGCCUGCUCGUAGAGACCAAUGUUAUUUGUCCAGCUCGGAGGACGGCUCGUUUUGAUGAAAAUUAGGUUGUAGCUUGUUGUCUACCUUACUACGGUAGGAAAGAGGUGUCGUGUAUGUUUUGACAACGUUUCGCUUAUGAGUUACUGAUCCGGGAAGUCAAACUUGACAGAACUCCCUAACUCUACAACGACCGUUAAAACGGUUUAAACCAAUUUACAGCUAAAAUAAUACACGUUUUAACUAAUCUCGAUUUUUUCUUUUUUUUUUCUUGUUUUUUUAAGAAAACGAGUGACAAAUCAAAAUUCUGCAUUUGUUAUACUAAGCAUUAGUGAAUUUUUUUUUUUUAAAUAAAUAGUUUUUAUACUUUUAUAAACUUUUUUUUACUAUUAUAAAAUGUUUAUAAAAGUUUGGUUUCAGUGACAGAAACGUACGCAUGAAUCGAAAGUGAAAGUAAAAAAAAAAACCAGUCUCUGUUUACGUCUUAAAGUCCGAUUGCUGGGCAACAAAUAAAACUGGAUUUGUAUCUUGAAAAGGAAACGUAUCGCUUCAGCUUUCCAUAGAUGCAGUACAACAGAGAAGCGUUUGAACCUCGUAUCUGUGAAUGGGGGCAUCCUUGACAAAAAUGGCCCAGAGAUCCAUGAAUUAUUUUCGCUCUUUUUCAUUGGACCAUUAUAGGGCUUCUGACGUUAGAGGCCUUUUUAACUACAGUCUGUCGUGUUGUGUUAAUGCUUUGCUUCAGUCUUUUUCUGCCACAACAGAACUACUGGACAUACUAAACAAAUGGCAUCCAUCAGAUGAGAUUACGGGAAAUAACAUCCCCAUGCAGUUGAAGAAUGCCUUGCAAGCCAUGAUGGACUCUUCAAAUCCUUAUCCACACAGAUACUUCCUGGACUGCCUCGACAGUCACAGCAUAAGCCGGUACACUCAACAGGAUGCAGAUGAAAUCUUCCUCAUUAUACUCAAUCUCAGCCAAAAGCAGAUGCCUGAUCAAGACUUGGCUAAGGAAAUUCGCAGUCUCUAUGAAGUAAGGAUGGAGACCCGGGUGAAGUGUUUAGAGUGCACAUACAUUCAACAAGUGCCCAGCUAUUCUUUCAGCCUUCCCUUGGCGAUCCAUGAGGGUGGAAACAACCUGGAGAGCUGCAUCCAGUCUUUUUUCCAGCGGCAAAACCUGUUGCAUUACUGUGACAGGUGUGGGCAGAAACAACUGUCCACACAUGAGUUGAGGCUUGUCUCACUGCCUCGGAUUCUGUGUGUGCACUUAAAGAGAUUCAGAAACGACGAUGGUUUCACCAGGAAACUCCACAGCAGAGUCACCUUCCCUGUAACACUUAAUAUGGGCAAUUGUGCUGCUGCAGGACAAUCAGAAAAUGUGGCACCUGGUUCUCUCCAGGCUGAUGAGCAUUAUAAUCUCUAUGCAGUUAUAGUGCAUAUAGGAACUGCCAUGUUUGGCCACUAUACUGCUUACAUCCGGCCCACUCAUGAACCGACGUGGUACUAUGCUGAUGACAGCACUGUUCAACCAGCAACCUGGGCAGAUGUGCAGGACACAUAUGAAGGACCUCUCUGAGUGUUUGAUUAUGAUUUUGUACACUGUUUUAGAAGAAAGAGAGCUUACUUGCUUCUGUACCGGAAAAUGAGCAGGAAUGCAUCUGGAUAACUGUGAUGAACACUACAGCCCUUGAUGGCUUCCAAAUGACAGAGCAUUAUAUGGUUGAAUGCACUGAAUGCACAGAAUAUUGCAAUAAUACAAUCAAAGUGUUUAUAUUUAAAUGUUGUGUCGUAAAAUCAAUAGAGAUGUUUAAGAAUGUAAAUCAUCCAUAAUAUAAUAAAGCCUAUUUAUAAUGAGCCUAUAUGUUGAUUGAGGUUCGUACAGGACAUUGUGUUGGAAAUCAUUAUAUUGUAUUUCGUCACUGAAUGUAAUGUGGGGGGUUUGGAUAUUGCUCAAUAAAAAAAUAACAAUA